GGAGGCCAGAUCCGGGCAGCAGGCAACGGGAUCGGACACAGCUCUGCCGGGUCCCCCCCCCGUACCCCCCCCGACUCCCUCCAGCUCCCACCAUGGGCCCACCGCUCUCCUGGCUCUCUCGUUGCUCCCGGCUCCUGCCCCUGCUUAGGGCCCCGCCGGCCAUGGGCCGAGGCUUCUCAGAGGACAACCGUCCACCCCCAGAGGACACCCACGCAGGAGAGACCCACUCAACCAAGUGUCGGCAGAGGCAGGAGGAGCGGCAGUGCGGGUUCCCGGGCGGUCGCGGGGCAGAGCUGGCGCAGGUGGAGCAGCUGUUGGAGCAGCAGCUGGAGCUGUACCAGGCUCUGCUGGAAGGCCAGGAUGGAGCCUGGGAGGCUCAGGCCUUGGUCCUCAAGGUCCAGAAGCUCAAGGAGCAAAUGAGGCGUCACCGAGAGGGUCCAGGAGAGAGGGACACCAUCUGACGUGGGGGCAGGAGAGCCCUUCUCCUCCCUGCCGCCCACCCAACGCCCCUCCAGCGCAGCCCCAUCCUGGGCGGGGGCGGGGAGAGGGGCUAUAGGGCAGCUGGAGAUCUGUCCCAGGGCCCGAGAUGGGUUCACGUGCUCUCCCGCACGGCUCUGGUGACAGACAGGCCUGUGGGAGGAAGCUGUGGGACACGGUGGGAGAAGCGGGAUACAAUGCUGCCCCUCCUUCCCUCCACAGCUCCCACUCCCCCGACCUGCUCUUAUAACCCCGCUCCCUCUCAAGGCUUCCUGCCCCACCCCCCAAAUAAAGAGGAAAGCCCAACAAGCCAGACCCUUA